AUGAUUGAAAUUAAAAAUAAAAAUAUGAAGAGUAGUAUAGGUGAUGAUGAUGAUGAUUAUGGUGGAGGAGGUAAUAAUAAUAAUAAUAAUAAUAAUAACAAUAUAUCAUCAUCAAUAGUAGUAUCAUCAUAUCCUCAUUCACCACCAAAUACACCAAACAAUAAUAACAAUAAUAAUAAUACAAAUGGUAAUAAAAAACAACACCAUAUUCAAGGUGAAUUUGAUUAUUAUGACGAAGAAGAGGAGGAAGAGGAAGAAAGUGAUAUUGGAAUUCAAAAUCGAUUAUUCUUAAAUCCAAAUUAUAAACAACAUCAUCGUAGUAGAUCAAUAACAAUAUCAGGAUCACCAACACCAAAGAAUUAUACUCAAAAUCAAAGAUACUCUGAUGAUACAGUUUUAUUGAAAUCAUCAAAUGGUUGUGGUGGUAAUAAUAAUAAUAGUAGUAGUAAUACUGCAACCACACUAUCAGUUGGCUCAUAUGAAUCACCAUGUCGAUUAUUAUCAAGUAGUGGCGGUAGUAAUAGUAAUGGAGUUAUAUUCUCACCAAUCUCUGUUACACCAACUGCAUCACCAUUAAAUACACCAGUUAGUUCACAUACUCUUCAAUCAGUUACCUUAACAUUAUCACCAUUUUCAAUUCAAAAAAGAUCUGCAACUAUACAAUUACCUUCAACAACAACAACAACAACAACAACAACAACAACAACAACAACAACUACUACAACAGAUCAAAAUUUAUUAACUCCACCUGCAACACCACAAACACCUCAACAAAAAGUAUUCUCACCACCAAGAAGAAGAAAUACUUGUGCAAAUUUAACAAAUAAAUUAUAUUCAGUUUAUUCACCACAUAAAUCACCACCAGAUAAUAAUAAUAAUAGUAAUAAUAGUAAUGAAGUAAUAGUUAAUUCACCAAUUUCAAUAUCACUAUCGUCACAAAAAUAUUUAUCAAAUCAUCAUCAUCAACAACAUCAACAUCACCAAUCUGUAUCAUUAUCCGAUUAUUUAUGUAAUAAAACAAGUACUGAUAAUGAAAAUGAUGAUGUAUCAACAACAACUACUACAACAAAUACAAAUAAAUCAAAUAAUAAUAAUAAUAAUAAUAAUAAUAAUAAUAAUAAUAAUAAUAAUAAUGGUAUGAAUUUAUUAAAUAAAAUUAAAAGUAAAUUAAAAGAAGAUAAAAUUAAACAUUAUGAAACGAUAUUUUCAGCAUAUAAUGAAUCUUAUGAAACAUUGAAAGAGGGUGGUAUUUCAGUAUUGAAUGGUGAAGUGUUGGUAUGUAUUUUUCAAUAUUUAGAUAUAAAGGAAAUUUGUUGUUUAGCACAAACUUGUAGUUGGUGGAGAAUAGUUUCAGAACAAAAUGUAUUAUGGUUAAAGAAAUUCAAUGAACGAUUUCAAAGACCUAAGACCAUCAUAGAUAGAUUUUCACCAAACGAAUCAUGGAAAGAGCUCUAUAUUCAACAUUAUUUCUUGGACACAUCAUAUAUGGAGUUUGAAAGAUUAUUAUCACUGUUUCCAGUCACUGUAGAGUAUGAACUUGACAUUACAAUAUUGUUAAGUAAAGUAUUGAAUUACUUAAAACAUACAGAAUGUAGAUCAGAAUACAUCGAUAAAUUGGAACAUCUUAAAAAUAUUCAUCUUACAUUUUCAAAUAAAAUCGAAGCUGCCAAUUGUUAUAUUAAACAUAGUGAAUUAAUAUCUUGGGAUUCAAAUCAAUAUUUUCAACAAGAAUUUGGUUAUCCUCGUGAAUCUCAUUCAGAUAGAAAAGAACGUAUUCUAAAAGCUGCAAUUCAUUUAUUAUUUGAAAGUAAAUAUUGGGAACGUUGUUUAAUUUUAAUUAAUCAAUUAAGAAAGAAAUAUAAAAAAGAAUUAAAAAAACAAAAUAAUAAUAAUAAUAAUAAUAAUAAUAAUAAUAAUAAUAAUAAUAAUAAUAAUAAUAAUAAUAAUAAUAAUAAUAAUAAUAAUAAUAAUAAUAAUGAAAUUAAUAAUAAUAAUAAUAUUAAUAAUAAUAAUAAUGAAAAUAAUGAAAAUAAUGAAAAUAAUAAUAAUAAUAAUUGUAAUAUACCAAUAAAGAAUUUAUUAGUACUAAAAAUGAUUGAAAUUUCGAAAUUAGAACAUCAAUGUUAUCAAUCAAUUGAAAGUAAAGAAAGAUUUUUCGAAGAAUAUUUCUUUGUAGAAUUUCGUGGUAAAGGAUCUUUUCCAAAGAGUGUAGAUGGUAAAGAUUUUAUAUUUCGUGGUAAAGAAUUGGAGAAAUUAGGUUCAUUCGUAUCAAGAUUAAAAAAUAGAUAUCCAGGUGCUCAAGUGAUUCCAAAACAACAAGGUGUUGAUUUAUCACAAACAAAUGGUCAAUUCAUUCAUAUUAGACCAUGUAAACCUGUUUUAUUACCAAAAGAUAUUAUUAGUAGUGGUAGUGGUAGAGGUGGUAAUAUUUGUAACAAUAGUAGUAAAAUUAUAAGUGGUAUUAGUGGUUAUUCAAAUAAAACACAUUAUAAAUCAUUAAAAUCAUUUAUAAAUAAUAAUUCAAAAGUAUUUUAUUUCUCUGCACCAUUUAAAAAGAAUUUAAAUAAUAAUAAUAUUAAUAAUAAUAAUAAUAAUAAUAAUAAUAAUAAUAAUAAUAAUAAUAAUAAUGAAUUUUUAAUGUUAUGGACAAGAGAUACAUAUAUAAUUUCAAAAUCAAUAUUUCCAUCAUUAAUUAGAAAUUCAAUGAUUAGUGAAAUUGUAGAGAUUGAAAAGAAUCCAUUAGAGAAUGCGAUUGAAUCAUUAAAGAGAAAGAAUAAAGAAUUGGAUAAAAUAUUUAAUCAAUGUAAAAAGAGUAUGCAAUGGAAUAGUCAUUUAACAAUGUCAUUGAAUGGUGUAGUGGAUGCAGUGGUUUCUGGUGGUAUCAAUAUGUAUAGAAUGUUCUUUCAACAAUCUUAUUUAGAUUCAAAUCCAAUCACUCAUUUGGAUUUACUAAUUAAAUUGAAACAAUUAUUAUUGGAUCAAAAAUCAUUGUUAGAGUUUGGACUUGAUAUUCAUUCUCAUUUAUGUCCUGAUAAUAUGAAAGCACUUCAACAAAAUAUGGAAUUAUGUUUUGAAAAAUGGAAACAAAUUGUAAAUGAAUUAAUAAUUCCAUCAUCAUCAUCAUCAUCAUCAUCAUCAUCAGUCAAUAAUCAAGAUAAAGAUAAAGAUAAAAGAGAAUCAACUGAAAUUUAUGAUAAUCAUGUUAAACAAUUAUCAAGAUCUCAUUCUGAUUUAGAAUCAAUAUUAAAACAAUUAGAUGAAAAUACAUCUGGCAGUACUUGUACUACACCAACUAAACAACAACAACAGCAAACUUCAUCAACACCUUCAUCACCAUUAUCAACUAUUAAUCAAAUUCAAAAUCAAUUAAAUCAAAAUCAAAUUGAACAAUUAUUGAAAUUACAAACUGAAAAAUCAAAAGAACGUGAAAGAGAAAAAGAAAGAAAGAAAGAAAUGGAAAGUUUGGCUUUAUUAGCUUCUCUAGAAUUGGAUUCAACAAUUAAUGAAAAUAUAUUUGAAAUGGUAAAUACUAAUAAUAAUAGUAAUAAUCAUAGAAAUAGUGGUAAAUUAACUUCAAAUAAACCACCAAUUCAAAUUAAAUCAAUUACUACACCAAUAAAACAAUCAAAUCAACAACCAAAUCAACAAUCAAAUCAACAAUCAAAUCAACAACCAUUACCAAUUCAACCACAAAGACCAUCUUCAUCAUUAUCUAAUAGUAGUUCAAAUAUAACUUCAAAUACAUUAUCAAUACCAAGACCAUCUUCAUCUCUAUCAAAUUCAUCACCUUGUUUAUCAAAUUCACCACCAAAAUUAACACCAACUAAAUCAACUUUAAAUAUCAACCCUUCACCACAAAAGAAACCAACUUCUCCAAAAACUCAAAAUAAAAUCACUACAAAACUAUCAUCAUCAUCAUCAACAACAUCGGCAUCAACUUCAACUUCUAAUACACCAAAGACAACUACUACAAAUUCAACCAUUACAAAUACAACAUCAUCACAAACAAACUCAACUUUAACAUCCACAACAACCAAACAAACUCCAACCAAAUCUUCAAAUAAUUAUUUGAAACCACCAUCAGUAGCAAGACCUUCAACAAUCUCAAGAUCACUUACUUCUAUUUCAACACCACCAUCAACAUCUAAAUCAUCCUCAUCGUCAACAACAAAUAAAUUGAAUAUAACAACACCAACAAAAACUAGACCAACUAUUGGCUCAAAUACAACAUUUAUAACCCCUAAAAAAGAAUCAUUACCAAUUCCAAUAACACCUUCUUCUACAAAGAAAUCAUCAUCAUAUUCAUUAUCAUCAACAUCAGUACCAUCAACUACAACUACAACUACAACUUCUUCUCAUUCAUCAUUCACUAGACCAACUCAAAGUACUUUAGCGAGAAAAUUAGAAGUUGAAUCAAAGAAAUCAACAACAUUAAGAAUAAAAUCAAAAGAUAGACCAGCCAUUAUUGAACCAAAAACCCCACAAGCUAAAAAACAAUUCAUUGUACCAACAACACCAACAAAUACAACAACAACAACAACAACGACAACAACAAAAUCAACUGGUAUCACAUCAAGUAGUUUUAAAAAGAGUCUUUAUGAAAUUGGUGAUCCAUCAUUAAUAUCUCCAACAAUGUCGACAACAUCAUCAUCAUCAUCAUCAACAUCAUCAACAACAUCAUCAACUACAUCAUCUUCAGUAUACUCAAGUUCUAUGUCGUCUUCAUACUCUUCAAGAAGUAGUGGUGGAAUUAAAACUUCUUCACUAUCAUCAUCCAGUAGCCAUAUGUUUGGUGGUAGUGGAAUUCAAAUUAAACAUGGUAACAAUAAUAGUAAACUUUCUCCCUCUUCAUUUAAUCCAAAUAUGAUUCAAAUGAAAUCAUCAUCAUCAUCAUCAUCAUCAUCAUCAUAUUCAUCAUCAUCAUCAUCAACUGCUUCUACAACAACUACACCAUCACCACCACUUUCGACAAUAAAUUUAAAUACAAAUACAAUUCCAUCACUUGAUAUUAGUAAGCCAAUCGAAAAACCACCACAACCAAUUGCCUCUAAAAAACGUCUUAGUAUUACUGAUUCAAUUAAAAGUGUUGUUAACCUUUUAAAUGUUGAUGAUUCAAAGAAAAUUAAAACUUCAACUUUAAAAUCAUCAUCAAUCUCUAUAAAUAGUUCAGUUUCAUCUACUUUAAAACCUUUACCAAAAAAGAGAAUUUAA